UGUCGAGAAGAUGAAUUUUUGUCUUUUGAAUUAUUGAGAUAGAAUGAUAUUAUUCAUGUUGUUGAGAUGGUUAAGUGGUAUAUGUGAAUUCUGCCUGGUCUAGAAGCACAACUAUACUGUGAAAUCUACCAUAUAACCCGUCCUUUCUCUAUUGAAUUGGGUUUGUCAAACUUAUCAAUAAAGCAACAAAAUUUUGACCCCAAUUGAGUUUGAGUAGACCAAUUAACCUACAGAUUGAACUUGUGCACUCUUUGUAGGUUUAAGGGUAAUACUUGACUACUUGAGUUUGAGUUAUUUGAUUUAUUCCAACCUUAUUGUUGGUAUUCUGAAGUCUCAUUAUUAGUUAUUAUAUAUUACUCAAUGUAACAUUGAGUAAUUACCUUCCCUAGCCUUGACUUUUCGGUGAGACCAAGAGAGCGAGAGAGAUUAGGGGGACAGAGGAGAGUCAAAAUAUAUAAUGGGUUAGAUAAUGUGCUCCAAAAAGCCAUGAGAAAUUCUUGUUCUUUCUGAACACAUGAUCAUCAGAGUGGUGAUGUCGGAAAACUCACCAUCAGAUUUCAACCAUUAUAUUCAUGUGGUCUGUCCUUCCUCGCCAUCCUCUGUCAUUGUACAUUAGUGUUCUUCAUCAACGAUAAUGGUUUUAUUUGCUUCAUUUCUCGGAGAUCUAAAACCCUUGAAUUCCUUUUAUUUUCUUGUUUUUCAUUUUAGGUGGACCUUUAUCCCUAGUUGGACAUUCAGCAGGAGGAUGGCUUACACGUCUCUACAUGGAAGAAUAUGGGAAAUCAGAUAUUUCCCUGUUAUUGACUCUUGGAACCCCCCACUAGUAGACCACGGGGUUAUUGAUCAAACAAGGGGACUCCUGUAUUAUGUUGAAAAGAAUUGCUCAAAAGUUGUUUACACUCCUGAACGGAAAUAUGUAUGUAUCGCUGGGAGGUAUCUCCAAGGUGCUCGCUUAUUUGGCAACUCAAGUGGAAGUGUUGAUUCUGCAAUUCCAAUAGAGAGUUUAGAACCCUCAUCAGAGGUUGCUGUUAUAAAUGAUGUGAGCACUUCAACAUUAACCACACCCACUUUGCGUGCACGCUUCGUGGGGCAAGGGUAUAAGCAGGUUUGUGGGCAGGCAGAUGAUAUAUAUAUAUUCAAAGAAACCCUGCAGUAGCAUCAAAGAGCCUAAGCAAUGGAGCAAGUGCUAGCAGUUCCAUGUCAUCUACUGCCUCAUCGGAAGUGACGGAAUCUGAAUACUCUAGUCCUUCAAAACAAGAAGUCAUAUAUAUAUAUAUAUAUAUAUAUAUAUAUAUAUAUAUAUAUAUAU